AUGGACUCUUCAUCUAUUACCUCAAAUACCUCCAAACCCUCCCCCUAUUUUGAUUCUCUCCUCCGUCGCCGCCAACAAAAGAAAAUGAGCAUCACUCAAACAUACUAUCUCGCCCAUACUGCUCGGAAGAAGCUCACUCGUGAAGCUUCCCGGGCAGACCACGACCUCCGCUUGCUCGUUGGCCACGCCAACCUCCUCGACUCGCUGAUGUACGACCUCGCUGAUGCGGAGCGUGAACAAGAACGGUGGUUCAACCAGACCGUCAGUGGAGCCACCAAGGCUUCAUCUUCCUCUUCUUCUUCUUCUUCCUCCCGCCAACACAUUCAAUGGGCUUCGACAGUGGUCGAAGAGCCCGAGGAAGACUGGGACCCGGAAGAUGCAUCCGAUCUGGACUCCGAACUCAGCGACAGCGACGACUCCGACUACGACGAGUCUGAAUUUGUUAUCAACACACCUCCCGUUCGCCGUCGCGCCCCAUCACCGGUGGCUCACUACCAAGAGGACCUUCUGCAGGAGGAUGACGAAGGCGACGACACCGAUUCAGACUUCGAAUACGAUGACGCGGAGGAUAACGAGCUGAGUUUGACUCGCUCACCCUCACGACAAUCACCGCCAGAGCUUCUGGCUGACUCGGAUGGAGAGUCUGAGGACGAGGCAACACCGCCCUCCCCGCCCCAGCCUACGCUGGAGGCAUUCGAUGAAAAAGAGCCUGCUACUACGGCUAUUGCCUUGGCGGGCUCUGAUCAACCCCAUCUCUUUGAGCAAGGGUAUUUUGGUACACAAGAGCAGACCAUGAUCGAAGCUUACUGA